UUGGCAGGCAGAAUAGAGCUUUUAUUGAGGAUAUUUCUGAGGUAACCAUCAGGGACCAAAUCGCAGGGAUUGUAAAAAAUAAAAAAAACUUGAGCCGAAUCACUCCGCCCCCCCCUUUUUUUUCAUUCUCCCUCGUUUCAUUUCUGCGAGACGGAGCAGCAGAACAGCUUACGAACCAACGGAGUCCCCAGCUGCAGGCAACAAGGCGAGCAGAAUGCAAGGAAUCCAUUCCCUUAUCUUUGACAACCGGCACAACUCACAGAGAACGUAGAGAGGGAGAGAGACAGACAGGGAGAGAGACAGACAGGGGGAGAGACAGACAGGGAGGACAGAAGGAAAGAAAGUGAGGCAAAGCGAACACCGAGAAUUUAAAGGGCUGCUCCUGCAGCAUCUAUGAAUGAAGGUUGAGACACCAGGCUUUCCAGCAGCUGUCCCAGGUGUCUGACCGCCCACCGCCUACCUCAGGCUGCCGUAACAGCCCCCCUACAUCUGGGGGAGAGAGGGAGGGGGAAAGGCUGUGGACCAAGGAGAGACGGGGAGACAACCCAGAAGGAGGACAGAGCGGCCGGCCGUUUGAGCAGAGACCCGGUCCUGCCCUCGCCUGUCGGGCUACCUGUCGAGAGGCCGCGGCCAUGGUGCCUGGAGCCGCUCCGGUACCUGGGGCCCCGCUACCCAGCCCCGGCGCCCUGCUUUGCCUGGCCCUGCUGCUCCUCCCGGGGUCAGUGGAGCCCGCGGUGCCCCUGGAGGACUUCUACCCGUACGGGCCAGAUUGGGGAGACUCCCAGACCGUCUCCCAAGACGACGGUGGCUCGGGGCUGCUGGAGGUCUCGGUUGCCUUCCCCUUCUUCGGCGACAGGCACUCUGGACUCUACGUAAACAACAACGGCCUGGUCUCCUUCCUCAGAGAGGUGUCUCAGUUCACCCCUGUGGCAUUUCCCAUCGCCGGUGACCGGAGGGUUGUGGCUCCAUUCUGGGCUGACGUGGACAAUCGGCGGGCAGGGCAGGUCUUCUACCGAGAAAGUAAGGACCCUGCCACCCUCCAAAGAGCGACGGCCGACGUCAGGAGGUACUUCUCGGAGUUCCCAGAGUUCAAUGCGACAUGGAUCCUAAUCUCAACCUGGCACAAAGUAACCUUCUUUGGAGGAAGUGACUUCACACCGGUCAAUACAUUCCAAGUAAUACUGAUCACCAACGGAGAUUUGUCCUUCACCGUCUUCCAGUACCAUGACAUCACCUGGACCACGGGCAUGCAUGCCAGCUCUGGGGGAGACCUGGCCGGCCUCGGGGGGAUCGCAGCGCAGGCAGGUUUUAACGCUGGCGAUGGGAAACGUUACUUUAACAUCCCUGGGUCUCGUACCGAUGAUGUGGUUGAUGUGGAGGAAACCACCAAUGUGGGGUACCCUGGGAAAUGGGUGUUCCGUAUCGACAACGCCCAGGUGGAAGUGGGCGGAUGCAACAACUCAGUGUGUCCGCAUCUUCGGCCCUGUCUGAACGGAGGUCGCUGCAUCGAUGACUGCAUCACCGGGAACCCCUCCUUUAGCUGCUCCUGUCUGGCAGGAUUCACCGGCCGACGGUGCCAGAUAGAGGUAGAUGAGUGUUUGUCCUACCCCUGUCAGAAUGGAGGUACCUGCUUUGAUCAGGUUAGCGGGUUCAUCUGUCAGUGUCCAGCCGGGUUUACAGGGACGGUCUGUGAAACAGACAUUGAUGAGUGCAUGGACAGUCCCUGCCUCUACGGAGCACAGUGUGUACAAGGUGUGGACAGUUUCACCUGUGUGUGUGAGAAGGGCUUUGUCGGGAUGCUGUGUGAGACUGAUAUGGAUGAGUGUGGCUCCCAGCCCUGUCAAAAUGGAGGAGAGUGUAAAGAUCAGGUGAAUGGAUAUAGCUGCUCCUGUCCUGCUGCCUUCACUGGGACGCACUGUGAGACAGUGUUGACGGUGGUGAAUUCAUCGUCGACUCCGCAAACUGAAAAUCACACAGUGUCCUGUGAAGGUCAGGGCUGUGAGAGCCAUCAGAUCUGUGAAUACACUGCCCUUGACGUUUACAACUGCACCUGCGCCCCGGGGUUCUACGGCAACAACUGUGAAGAGGAGUGUCUCUGCCAGAAUGGGGGCAUCUGUGUGGACAUGAAUGGGACAUGUGACUGUCCCUCAGGCUUUACUGGGAUUUACUGUCAGUUUGAAGUGACCCAGACCCCAUGCAGUAACAGCAGGCCGUGUCCUGACGGGGGUCCCUGUCUGGAGUACGGGGGAACCUACCUUUGUACCUGUCAGACCGGGGUGACAGAUCUGGACCACAAGGACUUCUACCCUCCUUAUGUACAGCCGCGAUCGGUCUGCGACUCGUCUCCGUGUCUGAACGGCGGCUACUGCUACGAGAGGGAGGGAGGUUACACCUGUGAGUGUAACCAUGGAUACAGAGGAAAGCACUGCGAGAAAGUCAGACUGAACACCUGCGCUUCCGGCCCCUGUCGGAACGGGGGCUCCUGUAAGGAGGAUUCAGGAGGCUACCUCUGUGUCUGUCCAUACAGGUUCACCGGCAAGCACUGUGAAGUGGGGAAACCAGACCCAUGCUCCUCUAGCCCCUGUUUGAAUGGGGGAACGUGUUUUCACUACAUUGGGAAGUAUAAGUGUGAGUGUUCGGGAACCUUCAGCGGCAGACACUGUGAGAUCAGCAGAGGAUUAAUUCACUCUGCAGCAGGGCUGGAUUGUGGUCCUCCUCUGCAGGUGAAGCAUGCAGAGGUCCAAUUCUCCUCCACGUCUCCGGGCUCUAUGGCCCUGUACAUCUGCCACCCAGGCUACAGCCUCUUGCCCAGGGCCACCCAGAGCAUCUGCGGAGGCCAAGGCGCCUGGAGCCAACCCCCAGUCUGCGACGAGAUCAACGAGUGUCUGUCUCAGCCGUGUCUAAACGGAGGAACCUGUAAGGACAGGGUGGCUUCCUUCCUGUGUGAGUGUGACGAGGGCUUCAGUGGAAACCGCUGCCAGACAGAUGGGGACGAGUGUCUGUCAGAGCCCUGCAAACACGGAGGAACAUGUGAGGACCAACCGGGAUCCUACUACUGCCACUGCCAGCAGGGCUUCAUGGGCCAAGACUGUGAAAUAGAACAGGACGGCUGUGAGUCCAACCCCUGUCUGAAUGGGGGUGUAUGCCGGGGCUACAGGAGGAACCACCUAUGUGUCUGUAAAGAAGGCUUCUUUGGGGAGCGCUGCCAGUCUUUGGAGAAUCCUUGUGUACUGCAGCCAUGUGGCAACAGAGGACUCUGCCGUAGCGACCGAAGGGGGAACUACAGCUGCACUUGCCGGGUAGGACACACAGGCAAGGACUGUGAGAGAGACCUGUUGCCCCCAUCUGGUCUCCAUGUUUUACGGGUGGAGGAGGACAAUGUGGAGCUGCGCUGGGACCUGCCAGAUACCUCCUCCCAGAACCUGAUCAGUGGCUUCGCUGUGACCUAUGCACCCCUGGGUCUAGCGGGCCGGGCAAGUGGGACCAGAAAGACAGACUUCCUGGAUAAGAAGCAGUCGACCUAUCAGCUGCGUGGACUGGUGCCAGGACUGCUCUACAACAUCUCCACCUUCUCUGUGAAACGGAACAUCAACAGCACCGACGUUAGCCAACCCGCCCUUGCCCUCAUACGCACCAGGCCGCCUCGGGUGGAGCAGCUCCGCGUCGUCAACGUGUCGUCCUCGCAGGUGUGGCUGCGCUGGCUGGUCCAGGCCGCUCGGCACGCAGCGGUCAGCCAGGUGCGCCUCUCCCUGGUCCCCUCGGACAGCGGCGGGGCUCGCACCGCCCUGCUCAACGCCAGCACUACGGAGUACGCCUUCAGCUCCCUGUUCCCCGGUCAGAUGUACACGCUGGAUGUUCUGACCCAGAGCGGGAUGAGACCCGAUGAGCUGCCCUCCACCAGUCACUCAGCCGGACCGCUGCACAUCUGGACCAGGCCCCUCCCCCCUCAGAACCUGUCCCUGGCCCAAGUGACCUCCAACUCCGCCCGGGUGACGUGGGACCACCACCCGCGCAGCCCGCCGGACGGCUUCGUGGUGAACGUGACGCGGGGCCUGAGCACAAGGAGCCGUUUCCUUGCCGACGGGAAGCUCGGUGGGUACACCCUGAGGGAGCUGGCGCCGGGGCAACACUACCACGUGGCCCUGACGGCCGUGGUGAACGCCGGCACGGAGCAGCUCCACAGCGUGCCACAGCACCUGGCCUUCACCACGCUGCCAAUGCGGGAGCGAUGGGGGGGGAGGACCAGGGAGAGACCAUCAGCUGGGGCACAGGGCACUCCUGUCAGUCGUACCCUGGCCCCGCCUGAAACCCAGGACCUGGGAGUGGCUACAGACAGAGAGCACUCUGAAGAGAUGCCCAGAUACACAGAGCUGAUUGACGGACGAGGGAGGAUAACAGCCAAGUUCACCAACUUGCCCCGGAAGGCCAUCAGACACCGCAUGAAGCCUGAGCCUCCAACCAAGGUAGAAAGGAUGGAGGAGACCACCAAUAAGAUCAGCCUGGCCCUGGAGAUCCAGAGGCGGGAGGAGGAGGAGGACGUGUCCAGGAGGAAACCUGAGUCGUCCCGGGACUGCCGGAGUCUGCCGUGCCUGAACGGGGGUACGUGCGCGAAGGGGGGUGACUCGUACAUCUGCGACUGCGCUGCUGGGUUCAAGGGCAGACAGUGUGAGCUGUUCUGCCAGAGAGUACCGCACCCCUGCACCCGACUCUACUCGGAAACAAAGAGCGUGCCCGUCUGGGUGGGCGAGGUGUGCCAUUACCAGUAUAAAAGGACGUAUAAAGUGCAGCAGGAUGUUUGCUAUCGGGAGAUCUGUGGACCUCCGCUGCUGCCCAAGAAAAGUCCCAACAGAAGAUCUAGCAGACAACAGUGAUGAAAGGUGAUCUUGGAUGACCCGUGUUGCCCAGAGAUUGGCCUGUCGUAGCCCCAGCUUGAGUGAGAAGGAGGGGGUAUUCAAGCUAACAACUGGAACAUUACUGGUCCCCCUACCACCAAUGGGAUUUGGGCCCAAACUCAUCAAUAAUUGCAAAACUUUUUGUAAUGUUUGUACUGAAUUUUCAAUCAUGAUGAAUGACAAAUGUAUCCUAAACAGUCUGACCCAGUGUACAGUGAGAACCGUAUACAUACCUCAUGUGUCAAGUUAGCAGUUUUGUCCCUCAGCUCAGGGAAAUCUGUAUCGUAGGAUUGUUCGUGUUAACACAAGCAAGCAAAACCCUCUCUAAACUCUGUUUCGUAGGAUUGUUCGUGUUAACACAAGCAAGCAACCCCUCUCUAAACUCUGUAUCGUAGGAUUGUUUGUGUUAAUACAAGCAAGCAGCCCCUCCAUAAAAUCUGUAUGGAUUGAUUAACCACUGUCUUUCAGUGUCCCAACAAUUAAACGGUUCUGAGCCGAAGAACAUGUUCAACAAUCAGUACUGGAAAAUAACUGUCUGUGUUAAUCUCUUGACUCCAAACAAACGUCACUGCUAGCUAUCGUGUAAAUAGUGUUUAUAGGCUGUUUUGUAGGUGAAUAUUUUA